GUCUCCUAGAGUAGAUUCUAGAAGUCUAAUAGACUCAGAGUAGAAAAAAAAUCUUGUCUACAGUCUAGAAUCUAAAUAGUAAAUAGAUCUAGACUGAGAGGUCAGAGAAAGUGGCAAGAGAUCAAUUUGAUAAAGUCUAGUGAAAAUGAUUUGUUCAAAUCUUUGUCUAUUGUAAGACAAUGGAGGAAAGAUCCUAUAGCAGCCUAAGUCGACAUGGCUUGGCUUCCAGCUAUUCUUAUCUUGAUGGUGUACCUUUCAAAAUUAGUGUCAACUUUAGACAACCUCCUCAGGUAAUUACUUUGUCUGAGAUAAUGAGAUCUAAUGUGCAAACUGCUUCAAAUUUUGAUUACAAUUUUGAGAUAGAGGAAGGUGUUCUCAGAUGGGCCCAGGCUAAAACAGAAGCAGCAAUGAAACAUGCUGCUUUACAAGAGCAGAAAGAAGUAAAAGAAAACCCAUCUGUCCAGUCAGAGCAAUCCAUUGGAGACCAAAGUCAGGAGAUUAGGGAAAUUGAUAUCUCAAUGGUUCCAAGAGAUAUUCCAUCUAAAGCAACACAGAGACCUGCAGUACUUCCUAAACCUGUUCUUGCAGCCAAGUCUCUAACAGAAGCAGGCACCAUAUUAAAACCAAUACCAAUACAUCCAACUGUUGUCAAAAAGUCAGAACAAGCAGAUACUAACUCAAAGUUUGAUGUUUCAAUGUUUGAAUCCGAAGCCGAUCCAUUUGACAACCUUGAGCUGCAGACAAUUAAUGACUUUGAAGAGUUAAAGGUUGUUCUUGACUCUUCUUCAAGAAACUCUAACCCUGAAAGUACUGUUCAGUCAGACUCACCAACAAAGAAAGAAGAAGAGAGCUCUAGUCUCUAUGAUCUGGCAACAGUUUUACCUGAGCUAGUAGAUAGUAAUGUUCCAGAGAAUACAUCUUUAGUCAACACUAUAGAAGCAGAGAACCUUGUGGUGAAUUUAGUCCCAGAAACUAAUGUUUCAGAAGACAGAAGCCCUCCUUCUUACCCCCAUGAAGCUGAUGAGUCUGUAGAAAUAUCCAGUCACCACAAUGGGUUUGUCAAUGGUGUUCACAAAUCUUCAAGUCCUACCAACUGGGCACUGACAACCUCCCUGGUAGCAGAUUCGUCUAGUAAACUUCCUUCUGUUGGUUGUAAUAAACUUUUGAAAUCUGUGCUGCCACCAAUUUCUAACUCAACAAAUAUAGCUUCAGAUGAUUGUAAACCUUGCACUGAACCUUUGACUCAACCUACACAUCCUCCCACCCAUAUAGCUACUAGCAAUUCUUUCAAUCACACUCCUGCUAAUGGUGUUCUGGGAAAUGCUGAUCAGUCUAGUAAUUUAUCAGCAGAGGUUUCUAGACUUGACAAGUCACAGAUACCGCCAGCUGUUGCUGCAAAGCCACUUUUAAAAAAUCGUCAUUCUGGAGUUAGGAUGUGGUCUUCUGUUGGACCUACCACAGAGACUUCUUCACUUGAUGAUAGUAGCUGUACAACACAAACUAUAACAAGCCCUUACAGCAGAUACCACAUGUUUACAUCUGAUAUAGAGCUGUCUAAGAGCACAUCAGACAUCAGCCAAAAAUGUCUAAAUCCUCUGCCUUUACAAACAAAUCCUGUUUCUGUGCCAUGGAACAAACACCGACCACUACCACCACCUCCAUCAACAUCAGGUCAUUCCAAACCCCUAGGAUUAAGUGAUCCCUACCAGAGCCUUUCUAAAGCAGAUCAACAGUUUGUUGAUAGUCUGAUCACCAUGGGCUUUCAGAAGGCCAGAGUGUCUCGUGCAGUGGCUAAGUUUGGUCAGGAUGAAAAAGAGGUUCUGGAUCAUUUGUUGGCAGUGGAUCAGUUGGUGGAGAAAAAGUUUGCCCCAGUCUUUGUUGAAUCAGCCUUACAAACUUUUAAGAAUGACAUGGUCAAGGCUGAGAAAUUUCUUUCAUUGCUGAGUUUAUUUGAGGAGCUGGGAUUUAGCGGUGAUAAAAUUAAAGAAGCUUUGAUUGCUACAGACUUAGAUCAUGACAAGUCACUAGAUAUAUUAACAGCUUGAACUGCAUCAGCUUGCUUCAUUGAUUCCAUGUUAAUUAAUAGUCGUAAUAUAAUGAUGGAAACAAAAAGUAUUAUUUACAGUAAUUUAUCAAGUGAGCUUUGGCUGAACUAACAAACUGGCAACAGCAUCAAAUAAAGCCAUCUUGUGGUUUUGUCUGUCCCUUUUAGACACCAUUAUUCUUAAGCUGUUUUGAAGAUUCGACCAGGCUUUUCCAGAAAGUCAUUUUGAUUAGUUCAUUAAGAUCAAGAAGCUCAGCCAGACUGUGGGGGGUUUUUUCGCCACAUUUGUUGCUGCUUUUUUAUCCUCUCUUUCUCAUAUGCCAGGAGUGGUUAUUUUUGUGUCAUUGUUGUUGUUUCUUUUGUUACUAAUGCCAACAAUUGAGAUAACAGUUUUGGUUUGGUCUGUGAACCAGUUAAAUGCAACUGAAUAAAUGCUCAUUAUGUUAGACACUACUGUUUGUUGCUUCCAUUGAAGUUUUGAACCAGAAAAAGACUGAUAUUAUUUUGUUUUAUUGUGUGUGUGUUUUUAUUUAGUGAACAAUUUUUUUAGAAGAAAUAAAAUGAUCAACUAGUUCAAGUAAAGAUACAUUUUGUUUAAACUUUUGCCUUGUUAACACAACUAUUCUAAACUAGUAAGACAUUCAAUUGGUCUUGCCUUGUUAACACAACUAUUCUAAACUAGUAAGACAUUCAAUUGGUCUUGCCUUGUUAACACAAAUAUUCUAAACUAGUAAGACAUUCAAUUGGUCUUGCCUUGUUAACACAAAUAUUCUAAACUAGUAAGACAUUCAAUUGGUCUUGCUUUUAGAGAUUUUUUCUUAUAUUAACUUUUAAAACCUCUUGCUAGCAGAGAAAAAUUAUUUCUAGCAUUCUGACAACCCAUAGUUGAUUAAAUCUUAUGAAGUGCAUGUUUCUGGCUAACUGCAACUCCUCUUACCAGUACCAAAUUUGAAGCUUGUUUGGCCUCAUAAGUUUAGGAGAUACAUAGUAUGUUUUCAUGAUUUUAUCUACUCUCCUGGUUAUGUCUAUUAUAGAUGUUACAUUAGUUUCAUGUUUUGUUGAUUGACAAAAAAAGAGAACAAACACAUGUCCCUACCAUUACUUGCAUACAAUUUUUUAAAUCUGUUGAAUCAUUUUUUUUAUUUUUUUUUAUAUUGGUAUGUCAGUUUUGAACUGUUGAACUGUGAGUUACCUGAGAUCAGUCAGUGUACUGUGAGUUACCUGAGAUCAGUCAGUGCAAUGUAUCUUUAAGCCUGUCAAUAAAAGGGGAGUUAAAAAAUAAAUUAUAAAAGCUGUGAAAUGCAAUGAAAAUUGUAUAACUAAUUCAAUGAAAUAUCACAGUGUAGCUCUCUUUUAUAUGAACUGAGCCUUCAGAGUUAACACUAAAAAAAAAUGGGCCUGUUUAUUGCAAGUAGAAAAACUUAUAUGAUAAUAGGAGUUUGACUAGGUUUAUAUGGAAGAACUGACUUACAUAUAAUUAUAUGAAACAUUAAAUAUCUUUUACAAAGCAAGUUAUUAUAACUCCUUAAUAUCAGAUCAAGCUGAAAUUCUGCACAAUUAUUUCUUUUACAUACCAACACAAGAAUCAAUAACAAAAAAACAAUUAGUUAAUUAGCUAAUGGUAAUUAAUUAUUUUGUCUGUUAUCUCAAACAAGAGAAAGAAAUUGUACUUGACUGAAGUGGUGGUUUAAGCUGGAUUAGUCCCCCUUUAAAGGUUGCCACUGUAAAUUAAAACAACAAUAUUUUACUAUACAAUCUUCUCUAGUCAUAAGUACCUCACUAGCAAAGUGUUUAGCAUGUCUGCUCAAGUAGGCUUUAGCCACUAGUCCCCCCCCCCCCCUUUUUUUUUUUCUUUUUCUGUAAAUGCUUUUGAAAACCAAUUAUUGUAAAAUCCUUCCAGAUAUUCCUUUCUUUCUACCCCAUCCCACAAACAGCACACUAUUUUUCCUUGGCUUAGUCUGCAAAAGAGCUGACAGCUCAGCAGCAAAAAGCUGGCUAGAAGAAAAACCCCCUUCCCCACAUUUUCCCAACUAAUCCAUAUAAGUGAUAGGAUCAUAGCAUUUUGAGAAAGCUAAAAAUAGUGCUAAACAAAAACAAUUGGUAAAAAUAUCAUUAAUCGCACACAUUCGUUGUUUGUCUACAUCUAUUACAAAUUGAAUGACAUGAUUGAUCCAAACUCAUUGAUACCUCUACAUUUCGUAUAAGCUUUUUUUUUUAAAUGUAUUUUUAUGUUUUUCUUGUUAAUUAUUUUUGACAAUAAUGUAUGACUUAAACUUAUUUUGGGUACUGAAUAUAUGUCCUAAUGAUGUUCAACCUUUAUUUGUGUAUAUUACACAAACAUGUUUGGCAUUUAUAAUAAUUGUUCUGAUAAGAAUAUCUGUAAACAUUUAUUGAGUAUGUUUCUUCAUCUCUUGGUAAAGUGAGUGUCUACAGUUAUCUCAUUCAAACAAGACAGCUGUUCCUAUGGUCAAGGAUUUGUUCUAACAUUUUCUGUUAGAACAAUCAAUUACUAGUUUCCACACCUGAUUGGCUUGUUGUUGUUUUUUUAUAUUUUUAUUGCUCAGAUUUUUUUUUUUUUAAAGACCAAUAUUCUGCUACCUAGGUGUGUAAUAUGUAAGUAUUACCUGCAGGUCUUGUGUGGCAACCAGAAUAAUGUAGAGUUUUGAGAACCUCUAAUUUCAUGCUCAAGAUCCACUUCACACUUACACUCUUUUUUUUAUGAACUAUUUGCUUCAUUGCUGGGCAAGAAGAAGAAGAAGAAGCUGGGCUAUUUUAUUUUUUGCUUAGACAUUUUUCAACCUGAAUCGCUUGCACCCUUCACAAAAAUUGGUGAUAACCAGUUCCAAAAUAGGUUUGUAUAAAUUGCUUUCUAUUUGAAAAGAAAUCGGUUGGUUUGUAUCAACUGAUUUGUGUUUGAGACUACACAAAAAGUAGAAGGAUGAAAUUAAAUAUUGUGCUACAAUGUUUUAGCCCGUUUUCUUUCUGUGGUUGAAGGUGUUAUGAGUCAGCUGUGGUGCCCCAUCUUGCCAUUAGGACAGAGUACAUUUUUUUUUACCCUGCAAUACUUUUUUAUUAGUACACUUCAAGUCUUUAGCACUGUAUUUAGGAUUCAACUCUGCAUGUUAUUCAAGCCUUCACUUUGAUGUAUGUUUGGAAACAAACGUUUAAGCUUGUAGAGUUAAGUUUACUGAAUCGGUCACACUUGGUAGUGUUACAGUGUAGUUACCAAUGGCUGUGAUGUACUUAUGGUGGUGUUUUUUUUUUUGAACCAUUGCGAUCUACUCCUUGCUGUAUAUAUAAAAUAAAAAGUAUGGAUAAAUUGUCAGUGUUUUUACAGUCACAUGCAUCAUUUUGGAUAGACAAUGUACAAGAACUUCAGAAAGUAUGUCCUACUUUGUAACCUAUAACCAUCUGACAUUGUUGGAAAUGAGAACCUAGUAAAUAUAAACCACUGUAUAUUGUGUCCGUGUAUGUGGUUGAAUACACUUGUUGUUAUCUCAAACUCUGUUGUUAUCUCAAACUCAUCUCUAUUAUUUCAUACGUAUGGGGCUUCAUUGUGAGAGAGGCAGAGUGGAGAAGUGUUGGCCGCUAAUCUAAUUUGAGGGAUCGAGUUCCGUUUCUGUUGAAUUUUGAAUUUCAGGAUUUAAAAAUAUCUUCUAAUUCAGCCAUCUUUACCUGGCAUUCUAUUGUGGUGUCACGUUAAAUUUGGAAACAGUAUAGAGAACAUUAUACUUGUGGAAGGGAACUGAAUAUUAGGUGUAUUAUUUGAUUAUCAAUGAAAACUAGCUUGCAACAUUAAUACAUCAAUAUCAACACCAUUCACUUUUUAUUGACUGAUUGCUGGAAGAUUCUUGAUGAUAUGGGAACAAGAGAAUUCUUGUCUUUAGUCUGGUCUGGAGAGAAGCAAUUAGCCCACUUUGUUCUCAGCUUCUUUGUUUUAGUGUCUUUCACUUGAUAGAGUCAUUACAAGAAUAGACUACUUACAGCCUGAGAAUGCUAGGACACAUUUGUACAAAUACUCCUUCUUCCCUAGUGCUAUUAGAGCAUGGAAUGGGUUGCCUCAGCUAGCCAGGAAAACCAGUGACUUGGCGGAAUUUAAGUCAUUGGUUAAUAUGCAUGACUAGAUGCAUGACUCAUAGGACGUAAUUUUCUUUUUUGAAGUAACGUCUGUAUUAUAUAAGAUAAGAGAAUGUUAUUUAUUUUUGAAAUUGUUCAAACUACAAUAUUGAACGCCGUGCAAGUGAGCAAUGAUGGAAACUUUUUGAUGUGUGACUGAAGAUAUCUAAAGCCAAAUAAUAUGAAUGGGUAUCAGUACUUGAACUUUUAAAUAUUUCUCAGAUUGAAGCUUCCUUUUUUUUUUUGCUAGCCCUGACACAUUGUUGGACAUAGAAAUACAUGAGCACUAUUUUAUUGCUUAAACUAUAGUUUACAUUCAAUGGAAAAAAUUCACUGAACAAAUCCAAUGAAUCUUCAUGUAAAAUGUUUUUAACAUUGUCUCUAUUGCUUUCAUGUUUUUUAUUUGUUUGUUUUUUUUCUUUUGUUGGAUUGUCAUGAAAUGUAAUAAAACAUUGUUCAAUUUA